AGAGAGGUUCUUGUCCUGUGAAAGUUUCAGAAAAUGGCAGGUCUUCCUCUUCCUCUAGGUUCUGAGAGUCAGAAAAUCCAUGAACGCUUUUGUGUCAUAUUCGAGGAAUGCAUUGAAAACAACAUGAGCAAGGCUGAAAUUUUGAGUUAUGUGCAUGAUAAGUAUCUAAUCCCACUUCAUGAUACCAACAGAGUUUGGAAUCAUCUUGAAAGGACGAAUCCAGAUUUAUUCAUAGCAUACAAUGCAAGGAUCCGUGAGCGCACGGCACAACGAAACCAAAACUUUCAAACCUCUCAGCAGCAGCAGCCAGUUAUUCCCAAAGAUUUCUGUCAGCAGGUUUUGAAUGCUUUGGGACAUAUUAUCAAACUACUGUCUGAUGGUCAUGGACUUGGUCCACAUCCUUCUGCUACGGGAUCCUUGAAGAGAAAGCGAGUUGGUGAGAAUGAAGAGAGAGGCGAAAAUGAAGAAGGAGAGAAACUUCAAGAGAAUGAGAGAGGUGGCAAUGAAGAAGCAGAGAAGCAGAAGGAGAAAGAGGAAGGUGUCAAUGAAGGACUGCAGAAGAAAGAGGAAGGUAACUGUGAAGAACUGCAGAAGAAAGAGGAAGGUGAAAAUUAAUAAGCAGAGAAACUGCAUGAUCAGAAAAGGGUCACAAUAAACGCAUGGACAGUUCUUAUAUUAGCGUAGUUUUUUUUAUUUACAGAACAUUGCAGAGGAAACAUACAUGUUGGCAUGAUUGCUUACUUUCUUAUUGUAAUCAUAGACACAACAGUUAGCUAUUGCCAGAACAUAUUGCAGAGACAUGUUGGUAUUAUUUUUUUUUUGGUGUAAAUGUUAAAUUUUAUACCAAAUUUUAAGUUUUUAACAGAUGUUACAGAGAUAACUAGUAGCAGAUAAGACCGAAAAUCUAAGCUAAACUAAACGCAAACGACACCCGAAAGCUCCAAUGACCAUUACAACAUCACAAGACAAACUAGCCUAAUUUAACGGAAGGACAAGCUUGGCCGAGAACAACAUUGCCAAAUGGACUGAAUACCUUUGAUAUACCAUGAGACCACGCUCGGGAGAAUGCGGCUUACCCGAAAACGCUACUCCAAUAGAUUGAUAUCCCAUCCACGCAGCUCUGCCGACCGGACCGAGGACCAUGAACAGCGCUUACACCACCGGUAGAAGAGUCAAGGACCCGAACUUUAACCUCCCGAAGCACAUGGAUAGUCCCAAAGCUUCAUCCGGCUAGGCCAAACGAGAAAGGAAGCCGCAUUUAUUAGGCUUGGAAAGAGAACCUAACAAGCCGAAGCAAAACAGCGGGCCGAGAGGGAGGCUACACCAAGAACGUGGCUUCAGCACCUGCAAAGAAGAAAAGUAACAGCCUGCAAGCAAGACCAAGGGACCUUCUUCGCACUGGGAUGACCGAGACUCAAGCAAGACGCCACAUCACCGGAACGAACCAACUGACCCAAUUUGAACUCUCCGGAUGAUCCUUGCUCUGGUACAGAGAACCUGCACCAGACUACUUUGCGCUUCAAGAUAAACUCCGCCUUGGAGAGAGGAGUAGAAACCCGAAGCGGAACUGAUAGCUUCGACCACGAGCCAAAGUAAACCACGGCCGGCUAAGUGAAGCCGACAAGACAAAGGAAGAGCAGCCACAGGAAGGAAAAGAGUACAGCCACAGACGACAGGACUCGGAACUUCAAACCCUAGCUGCACACGCCAAGACCACACAGCCACUACACCACUACGCACGCGCCGGCCAGAACCUAGACCGCCUUCCCUGAACGAGAAUCACUCUUUUGACCAACGGCAAGACCCCAAGCCGCAGUGAAAGGAGGCCUCUUAACACCACUCCACGACGAAGGACAAUCUUCGAAUAAUACAAUGAGAAACAGGAGGAGAGAGCCCGACAAAACUCCACGCGCCUCCAACCCGAAAGCUUCCGGAGAGAUCUACAAAUUAAAACCGAGAACCCUCCGAAGCCAAACCCAAAAAAUCCGACUCCGCCUCCCCACGCCGUCACCGCCUCACCAGAACUACAGAGCGAAGACAGCCAGCCACGGAUCCAAACCUCCCCGGAGUAGAUCUAGAAACCCCGUGGCGGAGCUCCUUCCACAGCA